CGACGGCGCAAGCAUGGAGGACCCUGUGACGCUUGUCGUGAUGCUCCUCGUCCUCGCGCUCACGUUCCUCGUCUUCACCAAGUCGCAAGGCGAGCCGACCGCGCCGACGGCGACUGGCAAUGGGCUACUGGGCCGCCAAGCCUCGGCCCCGCCCGCGUCGGCCCGCGCCGGCCACUGCAAGAUCGUGGACACCACCAAGCUCUCCGCUGUCGGCAAGGCCAUGCACGCCAACUUGCCGCAGCGCCAAGGUGUACGCUCGAUUUGCAUCUCGGGCAACGCUCUGGUGACGAUGCAUGGCACGGACAUGACCCUCGCGCCCGAGGUCGUCGCGAGUCUCGUCGACGUCAUCUCGACAGGCGACGUCUUCCUCAUCUUUCUCGUUGCCAACGACGCCGCCAAGGCCAAGGUGUUGGCGCUUCUCAAUGCAGUGCCCGAGCUACGCUGGGAUGCGGUCGCGCGGACUGGUCUCCCGCCCCACCGGAUUCUGUGUUGCACGACCAUCGUCGGCAAAAUUGCGCUCAUUCGACAGAUCGAGCCGCUCUUGCUCGUCGAAGAGCAUCGCGAGGUCGCGACCAAGCUGCGUCCGUUCUUGACCAAGGUCGUCUACCUGCUGGGCGCGACAGGCGACGUGUUGCCCCCUUUGCCCAACAAGGACAACGUCGAGUACUAUGGCAACUGGCCGGCGUUCACGAGCACCUUUACUGCUUAGUAUACGCUCAAGAACCGACGUUAGUCGGUACAUGGCUUUUUGAUGGCGUAAAUUCCAUCCAGUCGCGCGAGCUGCCGCAGCGUGUCGAGGACCA